ACAUAUGGCAAGUAGACCCCCACCAUCACAGAUGCCCCCAAGAUUAUUGUCAUCCACAAAAUGCUCGUGCGACCUGCUACCCCGAUAUUAAAAUAUGUUCCGGGAUAUGUAACCGAGUUGGAGCAGUGGAGAAGGGAAGAGAGUCAGCUCUUCCAUGACCAGCUUGAUCAUGUUUCGAGAGAUUUGGUGACUGGUAAAGCUGGCCCCUCGUUUACUUGUUAUCUUCUUGAGAACCAGUCUUCGCACAAGCUCUCGGACGAAGAAAUGGCUUAUCUCGCUGGAUCUCUCUUUGGCGCCGGUUCGGACACGACUGCUGUUGCAAUUAUGGUUCUCGUCAUGGCUUCUGCAUGCUAUUCCAAGGCGCAGGAGAAAGUACAAGAAGAACUGGGCGUCGUCAUUGGUCGUGACAGAGCUCCCACAUUCGACGACUACAACUCCCUCCCACAAAUUGAAGCGUUCAUGCAGGAGUGUCUUCGCUGGAGACCCGUGAUGACUCUUGGAUUCGCACACCGUGCACUGACUGAUAUCCCAUACAAUGGUGCUAUCGUCUUUGGCAAUCACUGGGCAAUCUCCUGUGACCCAAGCGUCUACCCCAACCCUGACCAGUUCGAUCCUCAGAGGUGGCUCAACACUGACGGCAAAAUCUGGGACAAUCUCAAGAUCCCCUCAUUCAGGUUUGGACGCAGAAUCUGCCCAGGACAACAUAUAGCAAACCGCUCGAUCUUCGUCAAUGCUGCGCUCCGCUUGUGGUCUUUCAAGAUCACGCAGGACCCUGAGAACCCUGAUUGA